GGAGCUGCGGUUGAUAGACGCGCCGCUGUUAACGUCUUUUUGUCUUUUGCGGAACACAGGAACAAAACCAACAUCCUUUUUAUUUUAAACCAUUUCUGACUGGGAAUUAGUUUGUUUCUCGCAAGGAUAUCUAACAUGGCGGACAGUAAGGUGGAGAGCAGCGGGGAAUUGAGCGCCAAGGAACUGAAGGAGAAGAAACAGGCAGAGGACACAGAGAAUGGAAAAGAUGCUGCUGCCAACGGCAAGACUGAGGAGGAGAAUGGAGAGCAGGAGAAUGAGGUAGAUGAGGAAGAGGAGGAUGUGGGCGAAGAUGAGGAGGAUGAUGGAGAGGGUGAUGAAGAUGAUGAUGAAGAAGAUGACCUUGAUGGGCAGACGGGGAAGAGAGCAGCUGAAGAUGAUGAUGAAGAGGAUGAUGUCGGAACCAAGAAGCAGAAAACAGAUGACUAGAGACUCCGCAGCGCCCCCCCUCUGCUUGGAGGACAAGUACACCAUCAACAAAACAGCCAGUUUUCUAGCAAACCUUCAAGACUUCCGAGUCCUCCCUUCUUAACAAGAAUACUUUUAAAAUAAGGAGAAUUUGUUUGUAUUUUUAUUUACAUUUUAUAUUUUUGUAAAUAUUAUUAGGAGGUCGGCCAUUUUGCGACAGUGAUCUCUCUGGUUAUCAAGUGGUGCUUUGAAGACUUUUAGAUCUGUCAAUUUUCAUCAUCAAUCUCCCAUCCCAAGCCGUUUAAACCUACCAGCUGAGCAUUCCAGCCCCACACACUUUACAAACACAGCGGCAUCUUCAACACACUGCCUGUUACACACACACACACACACACACACACACACACACACACAUACACACACACACACCCUGGCUUACUUUUAAUACAGCAUAAGUUCUAGGGUUAGUAGUAACAAAGUGUGUGCUGUCCUUAUGAGUUUGUAUUAGUUACUGUAUAUCAUUCAUCAGUAGACUAUAUAAGACAUCAAGACUGUAGUUUUUAGCUGUCCGUCCGUCUAUAUCUGUCCACCUAUUAUGGCCUGGCUUUAUGGUUUCAUGUUGGUGAUACUUUAUUAAACAAUAAACGGGAAGUUGUUUUUGUUCAUUCUUAACUCUGUCUGCAUUAGUUUCUGUCUGUCAGAGGCUGCAUUUACCUGCAGGAAAAGAAAGAGCAGAAUCUGUUAUGUAAGAUAGAUCCUGUCUUUUGACCUGCGAGGAAUUUUCAGAGGUGAGUCACACUGGCUGCAUUUCCACAGGGAAGUGAUACUUCCAGGCCUGAUCUUGUCUGGGCUGCUCAAACAGAAAUCGGUGUGUUUUCCCCCUGUUUGGACAGCCAGGAGAUCUGAGCUGUGGAGAGCUGAUCUGUCGCUCCUGUGGAAAUGCAGCUGUUGGAUUACCCAUCAGAUUUCUCAUGUUCCUGUGUGAAUGUAGCCCCAGAAGAAGUGAUUGUCAUAGAAGCUCAUUGUAAAUGCCUCAUCAUGCCUUAACAUGGAGAAAACCCUGGUAAAUAAUUGAGGAAUAAACUGACCUGAAAUAAUUGUCCUCUGA